UGUGUGUGCAGAUGUGUGUUUGUGAGAGAGAGUGUUUGGUCAACAGGUCUGACUCGUUCCGGUGGUUUUUCUGUGCAGAAAAGCAACGUGUGUACCAGGGCGUCCGGGUGAAGACCACGGUCAAAGAGCUGCUGCAGAGGCACAGAGCAAAGGAGGCCAGCAGGAAACCCCAACCGGUUUACUUGGAGCAAAAGGAACUUUGUCCAUCCGUGCCCCAAAGUCGUCACGAGGACCCUCCUCCUGCCGCCCCUCAGGCGGACAUGAGCUCUCGAGCCCUGCAGCUGCGCGCGCCCUGCCUCCCUGUCACUAAGAGCUCGUGCAGCCUGCACAUGCAGGCGAGCGCGUUCUGCGACCCCCAGCAGCAGCAGCAGUUCGGGGACUUGAUGUUGCCCAGCAACGACUGCAGUUUCAGUUCCAGAGGAGCCAUGGACUACAACUCCCUGCCUCCUCUGCCCACAUCCUCCCCGCUGCCCUGGAGUCACGUGAUCUCCUCAGACGUGGACUACUACGGCCAAGGGAUGGCGGCCUGCUCCUCGUCAGAGUCCCUGACACUCUACACCCCCCUGGAUCCCAACAACUACUUCCCUCAGGACUCCUUUUCCUCCUCGUCUUGCUAUGACUCACCCACCAGGAUGGAGUCCAGCUUCCACGGCUCCCUCUCAAAAUGCUACCCCUAUCAGUACUGCAACCCCCAUCAGGAGAAUGUGGCAGAAUGCUGGCCGGCCCAGCUGGAGAGGACCCCCCUCGAUGAGCACGCCCCCUACCACCUCCCCACAGACUAUCCCUACAUCCAGCCUGUGGAGGAGAGCGACUUCAGGAAGGAUUUCCCUCUGGGCUCUGAAAUGUGUUACAAUAUUCUAUGAUGAGGAGUUCCAGCAGUAUUACAUUGUAUCCUGUCUGUACACUGCAAAAACACAAAAUCUUACCAAGUAUUUUUGUUCUAGUAUCGAUUGCAGAUAUCCUAGUAUACUUGCAAUAAGACAAAACCAACUUAAAAUGAACUUUUCAGCAAAAAUAUGAU